AACGUCAACAUGUAAAACACACACCUGUCAUAGAUAAUUGGAUUUACAAUAAGAGCGAAACACACUACGGGGACGAGUCGUGUCUAAAUAAAUGUGCACCUUGUUUCGUUUUUGACUUCCGGUGCGUUUGGGAGCUCGGUAAACGAGAAUUGAAGCAAAAUAUUGGGAUUAUAAAGAGAUAUAAAGGUGUUUAGAAAAAUGAUUAGAAGAGUUGCUAAGGUCGUUUUGAGUGUGGAACAGUCUGAAGGCGUCGGGGCUCGGGUUCGAAGGAGUAUAGGACGGAAAGAACUGAAGAAUCUCGACCCUUUCUUGAUGCUGGAUGAAUUCUGUAUCGCCAAACCAGCUGGUUUUCCUGAUCAUCCUCACCGUGGAUUUGAGACGGUAACAUACUUGUUGAGUGGAGUAACAGCCCAUGAAGACUCCUGUGGUCACAGCGGGAGGUUACAACCUGGGGAUCUUCAGUGGAUGACGGCAGGUCGCGGUGUAAUACACGCUGAGAUGCCUGUGUCAGACGGACGCAUUCAUGGCCUUCAGCUUUGGGUGAACCUGAAAAGUGCAGAUAAGAUGGUGGAGCCUCAGUACCAGGAGCUGAAGAGCAAAGAGGUUCCUAAACCCAGCAAAGAUGGAGUCACGGUGAACGUCAUCUCAGGGGAAGCUCUUGGAGUAAAGUCAAAGAUUUACACGAGAACUCCAACCAUGUAUCUGGACUUUGUGCUGAAGGAAGGUGCAAAACAUUUGCAGCCAAUUCCUAAAGGUUGGACAGCUUUCAUCUACACCCUCACAGGUUCUUUAAGCACUGGCCCAGAUGAUGAUCUGCGGACAAUUGAGCCACACCACACAGUGGUUCUGGAGGACGGUGAAUGCGUCAGAGUGGAAAACAAGGCAGCUGAAGAGUCUCAUUUUGUGUUAAUAGCUGGUGAACCCAUUAAUGAACCUGUGGUUCAGCAUGGGCCUUUUGUCAUGAACACACAAGAAGAGAUUGAUCAAACCAUUUCAGACUACAGAUCAGCCGCUAAUGGAUUUGAGAGGGCAAAAGUUUGGCGAUCAAAGAUUGGUCAAAGGUUUUAAUUGAAGAUCCCUCCGUAUGGGAAUAUAUGUGCUUUGUUUAUUUUUUUAUACCUUUAACUUAAUAUUCAGCGGCCCCAAGGAGUAUUUGGAUAUUUGAAAUAUAUAGCAUAAGCUGUGAGAAAUAACAAACGAGGAGAAAGCAAAUCAAAACACCAGUCACUGAUUAGUACGAAACUAGGAUUUGUAAAGAAAAUUGUUGGAGGAGACCGGUUCUCCUUGCUGUAAACAAAACUUGGUUUUCGUGAGCUCAGCAGAUUAUCACAAGAGUUUGCGUUACACUUGCGUCCCGCGUCAUCUGCUGGAUGCCACUUGCUUGUGAACACACAUACGACUGUUAGCAGAAGCUAGAGUUUAUGAUUUAUUCACUUUUAAAUAUGGAUAUUUUCUAUACACAAACACUUCGAUUUGCUUCAAAUGGCUUUAUUCACCCCUUAGAGCCAUGCGGAGCACUUUUAUGGUGGAUGGAUGCACUUUACUGGACUUCAUAAUCUCAACAGCCAUUCAUUGCUAUUAUAAAACCUUCUGAAAGAAAAUAUGCAUACAUAAUACAUAUGCUAAUACAACUGUAUGAACUUGAGAGAAACUGACUUUAUACAUCCGCUAAAAAUCUAUUUGGCAUCAGUUAAAAAUAAAUACAAAAACAGCUACAGUUUAAAAAGCUCAAACAUCAUUUGUGUUUGUGUUAAUUAAGUGUUAAUUAAAAGUACAAAUAUUUUUGGGGCCACAUAUGCAAAAUGUUCUCUAUUUAUUUCUGAUAUAUUUCUGAUUAUUACAAAGUCGUAUAUUACUUUUAAUCUAUGUAUUUCUUGUAACUUUUGUUUAUUAAUUAUCUUUUAUUUGAAUCUUUUUAUUUUUGUUUUUAUUGGUUACACUUUUUUUUGAUCAUCCACUUUGCAACAUCAGCUAAUUCUCAUUAAUUUGCAACUCCAUGUCUUCUAACUCUCAGAGCAGGCUGUUCGGGUACGUUUAGCGUUAGUUGAAUAAGUUGACAUACACUUGCAAAGUUUCUGACAGUCGGUAUGUUGUAUGUUGUGGACCCAUGAUAAGGUUAAGAAUCUUCUAUAACCUUCUCUUUCUAAGAUUAGAAGAUAUUAAGCAGACGGUCUACCAAUGCUAUAAUGACUGCUAGUUGACAUGUAGUUGCAAAGUUAUUCACUGUUAGUAGAAUGUCUAAAGUUGACUAUCAAAAUAAAGUGUUACCUUAUAUUUUUAUUCGACUCUCUGGCUGUUGUAUCCGAUCACAACAUGAUUACCUUCAUUCGAUAUCAAUGUCUUUUUAAAUCUACAUUUGACCACGUAAUUUAUCC